AUGGCGCGGCGGGCGCGGGGAGAACGGGGAGGGGGGGGGGGGGUGGGGGGGAGGGGGGGCGGGCGCCGGCGGCGAGGGGUGGAGCGGGGCCGGCGAAAAGGGGCCCGCGGGCGGGUGAGCGGAGGGGGUGGGGGGGGGAUGAUCGGGGGUGGGGGGCGGCGCGCAAUCGGAGGCGGCGGGGCGGCCGGCGGAGGGGACCAGGGGGCGCAUGGCGGGGGAGGCGCCGGUUGGGGGUGGGGGAGACGGGCAGGGGAGGAGGCAGGCGGGGGGCCUAGGGGGGUGGAGGAAGCAGGUGGGGGGGGGACGCGUGGGGGGGGGGGGGGGGGGGGGGCGGUGAGGAGGGAGGGGGUGGUGGGAGGGGCGGGGAGGGGGGGGGGGGGACGUGGGGGCGGGGGGGCGGGCGGGGGAGCGGACGGGCCAGAGGGGGGCGCGGCGGAGGGGGGGGGGCGCAGGGGGGGGGCAGGGGGGCCGGGGCGGGGGGGGCCGCGGAAGGUGGACGAAGUGGAGGGGAGGGGGGGGGAGGGAGGGGGCCGGGCGCGCGGUGGGGGGGAGGGGGGGGGGGCGGAGGGGGGCGAGAGAAGGCCGCGGGGCGCCGACCUGGGGCGGGGAGGGCGCGAAGACCGUGGCGGGGGGCGAUGGGGGGCGUGGGCCCGGUGGGGGGGGGGGGUGGUGAUGAGUGGGGGAAACCGGGGGGCGGGGGGGGCGGGGGGGGGGUGGAGGGGGGGCGGGGGGGGGGCGGGGGGGGGGGGGCCCGGGUGGGGGAGCCUUGAGGGGGGGAGUGGGAGGGACCAAUCGGGGGCGAGUCCGGGAGGUUGGGGGGUGGGGAGCGCGGCCGGGGGGGGUGCCGGGGGCGGGGUGGGGGGCGGGGGGAGGCGCCCAGGGCGGGGCUGGGGCUGGCGGCGCGGGGCGCGGGGGUGGGGGGGGGGGGGGGGAGGGGGAGGGGGGGCGGGGGGGAGAGGGGGGGGUGGCAGGGGGGCAAAGGGGGGAGGGGGAGGGGGGGUGAGGGCCCGGGGGGGGGGCGUUGGGCGGAACGGGUACGGGCGGGGGGGACGGGGGGGUACUGCGGGGUGUGGGGGGGGGGGGAGGGACGGCGCGGGAGCGGCAUGGGGAGGGGGGGGUUGUGGGGGGCGCGGGGGGGCAGGGAGGGCCUGGGUGGCGGGGUGCCGGGGGAGGUACCGGAGACGUGGUGGGACGGGGGCUGGGGGCGAGCGGGGGGGGGGGGGGGGAAGGGGGGGGGGCGGGGAGGGGGGGGGGGGGUGGGCGGGGGGCAGAUACGGGGGGGGGGGGGGGGGGGGGUGGUGGGGGGGAGGGGGGGGGGGGGAAGGGCGCGGGGGGGGGGGGGGGGAGGCCCGGGGGGGGCUCGCGAGCGGGGGAAGGGGCAGGGGCGCGGGGGAGCGGGCGGGGGGGGGGGGGUGGGUUGAGGGGCGGCGGGUGCGACGGAGGGGGGCGGGGCAGGGACGAGGGGGGGGGGCGGGAGGGGCGGGGGGGGGGCGGGGCGAGAGGGGGCGGGGGGGCGCGGGAGGGGGGCGACGGAGGGGGGGGUGGGGGAGGGCAGGCGGGGGGGGAGGGGGAGGCGAGGGGAAGCGGGGGAGGGGGGGAGCCGGAGGGGGGAACGAGGGGACGAAGGGGGGGAGGAGCCGGGCAGGGCGGGGGGGGGGAUGGAAAGGGGGGGGGGGGGGUGGCGGGGCGGGGGCGGGGGGCGGGGGGGGGGGGGUCGUGGGGGUGGGAGCGCCAGGGGGGGGCGCCAGGCCGGCGGGGGGGGAUCGGAGGCGGAGGGCAGGGGGGGGGUGGGGGGGGGCGGUGGUGGGGGGGGGGAGGGGGGGUGGCUGGGGGGGGGGGGGAGGGGGGCGGGUGAGGUGGACUGGUGGGGGAGCGGGCGUGGGGGGGGGGCCAGGGGGGGGACAGCGGGGGGGGGAGGCCGCGGUAGGGGGGGGUGGGGGGGGGUGCGCUGGGAGGGGGGGGGAGGCGGGGGUGGGGGGCGGGGCCCGGGCGGGGAGGGGCGGCGGGGGGCGGGGCGGCGGGGGUCCGGGCGGUGAGUGGGGGGCGGUACGGGGGGGGGGGGGGCGAGCCCCCCAGCCCCGCGGGGGACGUCCGGGAGCGGGGGGAGUCGCCAGGGGAGCCGGGGGAAGCGCGGCUGCCGGGGAUGGGGAGCGGUGGGGGGCCGGGGCGGGAUGUGGGCUCCAGUGGGGGUGGGGGGCGGGGGGGGGGGGCGCGCGUGGGUGGGUGGGCAGGACGGGAGAGGGGGGGGGAGGGCGGGGAGUGCAAGGGGGGGCCGCCAGGGUGGGGCGGGGGCGGGGGAGAGGGGGCGCGGGGGGGGGGGGGAGGGGCGGGUGGGGGAGGGCGAGAGGGGGGAGGGGGAGGGAGGCUGGGUGGGGCGGGGGGGUGGGGGCGGGGGAGGCGAGCGACGGGGGGGGGUGCAGGGGUGGGGGGGCAGGGGGAGGGGGGGGUGUGGCGUGGGGCGGAGGGGGCACGAGGGGGCGAGCGGGGGUGGCCGUGGAAGGGGGGCGGCCUCCCGGGGAGGGGGGGGUGGAGGGGGGGGGCGUGGGCGGUGGGCGACGGAGGGGGGGAACGGCGGGAGGUGGGGGGGAGGGGGGGAAGGGGGGGGGCGCGGAGGGUGGGGGGAGGGGGGGGGGGUGGGGGGGUUCCGGCAGCACUGAUGGGGAGCGAGGCCGGGGGGGGGGCGGGCGCGGGGGGGCGGCGGGGGGGCGGGGGGUGAGGGAAAGGGUGGCAGGCGCGGGGAGGCGGGGAGCGGGGGGGGGGGGGAGCCGCGGAGGGGGGCCGGGACGGGGGGACGGGCGGGGGGGGCGGGGGGGCGGAAGAAAGGGGGGCCGCGUAGGGGGGAGAGGGAGGGGAGGGAGGGAGGGGCGGGGGGGGAGGGGGGGGUUCUGGGGGGGGGGGGCGCGGGGGGGGAGGAACCGGGCACACGGGAGGUGGCGAGUGGGGGGGGGGUUGGGGGGGGGGGGUACGGGGCCCUUCGGGAAGCGGGGGGGGGCGGUCGGGGGGCCGGGGGAGCGGAUAGGGGCGGCGGGAGGGCGCGGCGGGGGGUGGGCGGGGCGUAGGGCCGGGGUGGGGGGACGGGUGGGGCGCCCAAGGGCGCGGGGAGGGAGGGGGCGGGGAAGGCGCAGGGAGGGGAGGGGGGGAGGGGCGGGGUGGUGUGUGGCGGGGGCGAGGGGGGCAGGGUGCAGGGUGGGGGGGGGCGGGGGGGGGGAGGCCCGGGGGGGAGGGGGGCCCGGCAGGGGGGGGGGAGGGAGGCGGACCAUCGGCGGGGAAGGGGUGUGCCCCCAAGGGGGGUGGGGGCGCACGCGGGGGGCGGGGUCGGGGGGGGGAGGGGCGGAGGGGGGGCGGGGGGGGGGUGGGGGGGGAGCGGGGAGGGGGGGGGGGAGGGGGAGUGGCCGGCGGGGGGGGAGGGGGAGGGAGGCGGGCGCAGAGGCGGGUGUGGGGCUAAACGGGGGGGGGGGGGGGGGGGGGGGGGGGGCGGGCGGGGGCGGCGGGCGGGGGGGGGUGGGCGGGGGCGGGGCGCGGUGGGGAGGGGGGGGGGGGGGGGGGGGGCGCGGGGGCGCGGGAGGGGAGGGGAAGAGGAGCCGGUGGGGCGGGGGGCGGGGCGGGGGGGCAGGGGGGGCGGGGGCAGGGGAGGGGGGGGUGUGGUGUCGGGGGGAGAGGAGGGACAGAGGGGGGGCCGGGGGCGGGCGAGGGGGACGGGGGCAGGGGCAGGGGGGGGCGGAGCGGGUGGGGGGGGGUGGGAGAGGUGGGGGGUGUGGGCGUAGUGGGGGCUGGCGGGGGGGGGGGGGGGGGCGGGGGGGGGGGGGGGGGGGGGCGGGGGGGGGGGGGGGGGGGGGGGGGGUGAGGGGGGGGGGGGGGGGGCGAGGGCGGUGGGAGGGGCAGGGGGGGCUGGGGAGGUGGGGGGGGGGCGGGGGGGAGGGGUGGCGGGGCGGGGCGGGGGUGGGGGGCGGGGGGGGACGGGGUGGGGGAGGUGGGUGCAAGGGCAGCGGGGGGUCGGGGGCCGGGGGGGGGGGGGGGGGACGGGGCGCGGGGCGUGGGGGGGGGGGGGAGGGAGGCGAGCCGGGGGGCGGGGCGGGAGGGGGGGGCAGGGGAGGCGGAGGGGGGGGGCGAAGGAGUCGGUGGGCGCAGGAGAGGGCGAGCGGGGGGCCGAAGGGCGGCGGGAGGGAGCGGGGACGGAUUGGGCCAGUUGCAGCGGGCCGGCGCCCCCCCCCGGACGGGGGGGGAGGGCACGGUGGACGGCGAUGCAAGGGGGGCGGCGGGGGGGGGGCGGAGGGGGGGCGCGGCGGGCGGGGUGGGAGGGGACGGGGGGGGGAUGGGAGGUCGCGGGGGGGCGGGUGGAGGGGGGGCGGGGGCGGGGCGGGGGGGGGGGUGGGCGGCGGGUGGCAGGUGGACGAGGAAAAGCGGGCGGGGGGGGGGGAGGGGCGCGGGGAGGGGGGGAAGAGGCGGGGCGGAGGGGGCGACGGGGACGUGGGGCGAGGGGAGGGGUGUGGGGGGGGGACGGUAGUGAGCGAAGGGGCGGGGGGGCGGGGGGGGCGGGGGGCCGGGGGGGGGGGGGGAGGGGCGGGGGCGGGGGGCGGGGGGGGGGGUGGUGGGGGCGAGGGGGGGGGGGGUAGGGAGGAGGGCGGGGGACGGGGGGCAGGAGAAGGGGGGGAGGGGGGGGAAGCGCGGGGAGGGGGGGAGACGGGGGGAAGGGGGCGGGGUGGGCCGGGGGGGGGGGGGGGGGAGCCGCGGGGGGGAGGGGCGCGGGGUGGGGGCGGAGGGGGGGGGGGGGGUGGGGAGGGGAGGGUGGGGGCGAGCCGGGAGGGGAAGAGGGUGGGAGGGAUAGGCGGGGGGGGGGAGGCAGAGAGCGGGGGGGGGGGGUGCUCGGGAGUGGCGGGCGCCGCGGCGCGGCGAAGGGGGGGUAGGGGAGGUGACCCGGGCGGCGCAGGCGACGGGCCCGGGUGGGGGGGGGGGGCGGUGGGGGGGGCGGGGGGGGGGCGGCGGGCAGGGAGAGGCAGGGCGGGGGGGGGCCUGGGGGGGGGGGGGCCCAAGGGGGGGGGGGCGGUGGAGUGGGGUCCGUGGAGGAGGGGGGGCGCCGGGGGGGGGGGAGCGGGGGGGGGAGAGAGGUGGGGUGCGGGGGGGAGGGCCGGGGGGGCCGCUGGCGGGGGGGGGGGGGGGGGGGCGGGGGGUGCAGGGGGGGGUGGGCGGGGCGAGUGCGGGGGGAGAUGGGGGGGCCCGGGGAAGUUGGGGGGGGGGCGGGGGGGGGGGGGUGGGGGGGGUGGGCGGGGGGGGAGGCGGCCCGGGGGGGGGGCGGAUGGCGGGAGGGGGGGGCGGGGGGGGGGGAGGGGGGAACGUGGGAGGGGGGAAGGGAGGGGGAGGGUGGGGAUUGGGGCGGGGGGCUGGGGCGACAAGAGAGGGGGGGACAGGGGGAGGGGGGUAGGGGGAGGGGAGCAGGGUGGUGAGGGAGAGGGGGUCGGGGGGGCGAGGGGGUGGGGGUGUAGCGGGGGGGGGUUGGACGGGAGGGGGGGGGGGGGGGGCGGGUGGGGUUGGGGGGUGGGUCGGGGGGAGGUGCGCGAGAAGGGCGGGGGGGGGGGGGCGGGAGUAGGGGGGAGGCAGGUGGGCGGCGUGGGGGUGGGCGGGGGGGGGGCGGGGGGGGCGGCGGGGGGGGGGGGGCGGGCGGGCGGGGGGUGGGGGGGGGGGGUGGGGGAUGCGUGGGCAGGAAGCGGGGGGGGAGGGGGGGCGGGGGGGGCGGGGCGGGGGGCGGGGGGGGGGGGAUCGGGGGAAGCGCGCGGUGGGGGGGGAGCCCAACCGGAGGGGAGGGGGGGGGGGGGGCGGUGGAGCGGGAGCGCAAGGGGCGGGGGGGGGGCGGGGAGAUCGAGGGGGCGGGCAAGCGGGGGCGGGGGGGGGGUGGGGGGGGGGGGGUGGGGGCUGGGCGAGGGAGGGGGGUCGCGUAGGAUGGGGGGGGGCGGUGGGCGUGGAGGAGCGGGGGUUGUGGGGGGGAGGGCGGGGGGGGGGGGGGGCGGGAGGGUCCGCGGGGGGAGGCCGGGCGGUGGGGGGAGCGGGGGAGGGGGGGGCGGGGGGGGGGCGGGGGAGGGGGAGGCGGGGGAGGGCGGGCAGGGCGGGGGGGGCACGGGAUGGGUUGGGCGGGGGGGGGGGGGGGGGGGGCGGGGGGGGGGGAGUGGGCGGCUCAGGGCGCGGGGCGGGGGGGGGGCGGUGGAGGGCCUUACGCGGGGGGGCGGGGGGGGCGAGGAGGGAGGGGGGAGGGGAGGGUCAGGGGGCGGGGGGGGGGGGCGGAGGGGGGGGCGGGGGUGGAAGAAGAUCGCCGCGAGAGGGAGGGGGCGCGGGGGCGGCAGGGGGGCAGAGCAGGGGCCGGCGGGGAGGCGGAGGGGGGGCGGGAGGCGGGGCGGGGGGGGGGGAGGCGGCCGAAGGGGUGGGGGGCAGGAGGGGGGCGCGCGUGGACGGCGGGGCGGGCACAGGGCGUGGGAGGUGGGGGGGGGGGCGGAUGGGGCGGGGCGGGAGGUGGACAGGGGGGGGGAGGGGGGCGGGGGGGGGGGGGGCUAA